ACCCAGCCAGGACAGAGGCAGGACAGAGCCAGCUGGCUUCCAGACCGCUGCCGGCCGCUGCGCUGACGGACGCCCCAGGCCCCCCGAGCGGCCCUGACCCCGGGAUCUCCCAGCACCCCACUUGCCCCUCCCCAGCACGUUCACCGGGCACUGACAGACCCGGGACAGACGGGCCCCCGUGCCAACAGACAGACGGACCGCCGGAGCGCCCCUCCAAGCCCUAGCCCGGAGCGCGGACCCCCCCACGAGCCCCGCGCAGCUCCCGCCUGCCAUGGGCUGGCUCCUACCCGUCACCCUCAGUUGCAUCAGCCUCCUGAGCCUCCUGCUCCCGGGCGCGCUGUCCCGGAGCCCGAGUGAGCACCCGCUGCUGGUCCGGCUCAGGAAACCCCCAGACAGGCAAUACCCUCAAGACCUUACAUUCCAGGCUGUGCAGAAUAAGGAGCCGGUGGCUCUUGGGGGUCAGGGAGAGUCCCACCCGGAGCUCCUUGUGGAACUGCACCCUCUGCGCUCACAUCGCCAUCACCAACACCGUGUGAAUCUCCGGGUCCACAGGGGCAAGGGAAGGGGCCAGGGUCCGAGGAGGGCCAGGGGCCGGGGCCGCAGGCACACCCGGCGCCACCACACCCAGCUCAUGAGGAUGGGCUGUUCCUUCAGCACCUGCCAGCUGCAGAAUCUCAGCCACCGCUUAAGGCAUUUCUUGGGACAGUCAGGGAAGAAGGAGUCGGCCCCCGUGAACCUCACAAGUCCCCACAGUUACGGCUGAGCAGCCAACCCCGCCCUUACAGCCCCACCAAGACCCCAGAACUCGGCACAGGCACCCCCGUGUGUCGCGGCCCUACUUGCGACCCCGGAUGAAUGAUUUUCCUCUCUGAGGCUGAACUUUCUCAUACAUCAAAAUGGGGGUGGCCAUUCAUACCGACACAAUUUGCCUCAUUGGGGUAUUGGAGGGAGUGCUUUGGAAACCUUAAAAUCCAAAAGAAAUGGGGUAUUUUGUUAUUGUUA